CCGAGCAUCCUCGGGAUUUAUAUGGCAAACAGGAAAGCAUGUCAAUGAAUCUGAGAGAGGAAAUAGCAAAAUUAACAACCCCAGCUCCUGUUUUCUGCGAUCCAGAGGACGAUUUAGAGGAUGUUACAGCAGCAAAGUUAACAGAGAAGACUGAGGAUAAGGAUGAGUUUGCUCCCUUGCCAGCAACUAAACUACGACAGAGAGCAGCAGCAGAGUCUGUAAACAAUGAGAAAAAGUAUGCGGGAAGAAAAAUUUCACGAAAGAAGCUCACAGACUUUGACUCAGAUGAUAGUGGAUCUGAGGAACAAGAUGAGAGUGAAUCAGAAGAUGAGACCUCUCUUAGCGAAGAGGAAGUAAUGGAUGUUAAAGAAAGUGAGGAGAAAGAUGAUGAGGAGGAGGAGGAGUCUGUGGGAAGUGAGGAGCCCAGGACAGCAGAGGAGGCAGAGGAAGAGUUGUCUGCCCUUGGAUCAUUUAAAGCCAAGAUGGCAUCAAACACACACCCCUCAGAUGCUGAUAAAAAGUUCAGUUUUGUAGAUGAUGGCAAUUACAGUAAGUAUUAUGAUUCUGAAGAUGAGGCAGGGGAUCAGAGCUUUGAUGAUGAUGAUGAUGAUGAUGGAGAGGAGGAGGAUGAAGGGGAGGAGGAAGAUGAUGAAGAAGGAUCAGUGGAGGAAGAUGGCAAAGAAAUGGAAGAAGGUGAGGGAGGAGUUAGCAGUUUCUCCAAGUCAAGACUUAAUGAGGAGAUCCAGAAAGGAGAAGCAGCCAGACAACAAUUAGGUCUGUGGGACAGUUUACUAGAGGGAAGAAUCAAGUUUCAAAAAAUACUGACAGCUGUAAAUCAACUUCCACAGCCAGACACCUGGAGAGAUUUUGAGAAAUUAGGGGAAGAUAACUUCAAGGAAAAGUCUGUAACAGUGCAGACAGUUUUGGAGAAUCUUCUUCAGAAACUGAUCCAGCUACAGUCAAUUCUCCUUCUACAGAACUCAGAGACUCAACACAUAGAGUCAGGACAGAAAAAACCAGUGAAGAAGUCAGAGGACCCAGAUGAUGAGGAGAUAACGAGUGAGUCAGACUCGGAGGAAACGAAGCAGCCAGUGGAGAAAUCAAAGGUGCAGAAUAAAGCAAGAAAACGGAAACUAGCAAUGGAGGAAAUGCCAGAUUUCCUGGCCAAGCGACAUAAAGACUUCCAGAAUUACAGAAAUGAUACACUCCAGAAAUGGUUUGACAAGACUCGCCUCUUAGGUGGUAAAAUCUCCAGUAAAUCCUUCAGUGCCUUUGAACAGUCAGCUCUGAAACAAAUAGAACAGGUUUUGAGUGAUAAGGACAGACUGAUUAAGAGGACACAGAUGAAGAGGGCCAGCUAUAAGGUUCUGGGGAAACCUGAGGAAGCAGAGACAGCUGUCAAUCAAGAGCCAUUGCUGGAGACAGGGAUCAAGACAUCGGAGCAAACGUAUGAUACAGAGAUUUUUGAUGACAGUGACUUCUACCAUCAACAGCUAAGAGAGCUCAUAGAAAGAAAGACAUCAGAUAUCAAUGAUCCCAUUGCCCUUAGCAGGCAAUGGUUAGAAAUACAGAGGCUGAGAAAUAAGGUGAAGAGGAAAGUAGAAACUAGAGCAUCAAAAGGAAGAAAAAUAAGAUAUCAUGUACAUCCUAAACUGGUCAACUUUAUGGCUCCUAAAGAGACUUGUACCUGGACAGAUGAAGCAAGAGAUGACCUGUUCAAGUCCUUAUUUGGUCAACGGGGCACAACAGCAGUAUCCUCGGACGAGAGUGCAGUAGGCAGAUGAUAACUAUAUCUUCCUACAAAAAUAGUUUGGACAGUGUCGAAAAAUGACAAUCCAAAAACAAACCUAAAAAAGGGACAGUGUCAUGAAGAGUCGGAAGAAGAUAAAAUGCUCAGGACAGCUUUUCAAAGACGCUUAAUUAUGUUGAUUCCAUUUAAUUUGAAUUAUUGUUCCGUUUAUUAUGCUACCUUUCAUUGAUAAAGAUUUUAGAAAAACUGUUUGAAAUGCAUGUGGAAAGGUAUUAUGCAGAAAUAAAGUCUAUUGUAUUUUUCACCCCCAUUUUAUUUUUGCCCCUUUCCCAUGUCAUAAA